ACUUCCUUCAUAAACAUGGCGGCAACAUUUGUAAUUUCAAGAUCUAGCGUUUUUGGAAGAAUAAGGGGCUUGAAUCAGUUUUCUAACCAUAAAUCAACGUUUACUUCGACAAGGAAGAAAAAAUCCAACGCUGCCUUUUUACUUGGAUUUGGACUUGCUGGAUUGGUAGGAUUUUCAGGAAUUUUAUAUGGAAAGAAACAGAGGAAGAAGAUUACAGCCACAAGUGUCGAAAAGGAUAGUCUUGCGGAGGAACAUUGCUCCUCACAGUCAGUUUCUAAUGUUGAAGAAACAAAUAGAAAUUAUUGCUCAUCUUGGACCCUACAAUCUACAAUAGAGGAAUCACAAUCCAUCAUUAGGUGUAUGAAAGAAGAGACUGGCUCUCCUGGAGUUUGUGUAGCUGUGAGCAUUGAUGGGAAAACUGUGUGGAGUGAAGGAUUUGGCUUUGCAGAUGUAGAAAAUAGAGUAUUAUGUUCCAGCAAAACUGUUAUGAGAAUUGCAAGCAUUAGUAAACCUCUUACUGCAACAGCUGCAGGUGAGUGAUGUGAUUCCUUUUGU